AUAAGUGCAAAAAUAAGAUUUAUCCCACGCUUAAUAUCUUUCCCUUGUCUCUCAAAUGUAAAGAAUGACAUAGUCCUUCGUCCUCCGUGCUUCGUUUCAGAUCCAUCGGAGAUGGCUUCGAAUCUCGCUCGUCGGAUGAUCCGUCGCCCUCCUGCAGGCAUGAGCACUGCUUACUUGGCGUUGAAGGUGAAGUCAUUGUUGGCAGUGUGGGCGUCGGGGCUUGUGGCAGCGUCGGAGAGGAGAUUGAGGGAAUGCCGAAGAAGCACCGCAAGAAUUUUAAGAAUGUCGAGAACACACCACAAGAACUUUAGAAACGUCAAGGACACACUGCUCUGUUAUCAGAUGAUAAAACCCUAAGGCUUUAUCUAAGAAAAUAGAUAGUGAUUUGAUCGCUUCGAGAGAAUCAACCUCCUUUUGAUCGCUUCAAGAGGAUCAACCUCCAAGCUAGCCAAAGGCUUUGAAUUGUAUUUGAUUGUUUGAGAAAAGUAGCCAAAGGCAUUACAUAUAUAUAGUGUUAUUAAUCCUUAGCCAACUAGGACUAGGAUUUCUAAUAAAUAGCAAUUCCUAAUUUGCUAUAUCAAAGGACUCCUAAAACUCAAAAACUCCUACCAUAACUAGGAAAAACUAAAUAGGAAAAUAAAGAUUAAUAUCAAAUCCCUAAAAUUAAGGACUCCUAAAAGUAAGGAAUCCUUACAUGCACUUGUAAACUUGGGGCAUGAUGAUUUCACAAAAUUUUCUAACUGUACAGGAUGCAGCUGAUUUUUAAGUUCUCUUAUAGUUACAAAGGACUAUGUAAUGAUUAUUUUCUGAAUUUUCUGAAAAUUUUGGUCAUGACACCAAUCCCACUUUACUAUGCUAGAGUAUGAUUUAUUUUUCAGCAAGCAAUUUGAUGUUUAUGCUUUCUUGUUAUUGUGGCUUUGUAUUUUAUUCCCCCAAUAUGUUCCAAUUACUUCUCUUUAGAAUGCUGGUGAACUUGUUUGGGUUCUUUUGGUCAAAUGCACUCAUACUGAUGAUUUCUGAUUUAGAAGCAUAUAUAAUGCCUAACCAUUGCCAAGUUGGAUUCUACUGUGUAACUUGAUGCAUUUACUUUGAUUUUUUAAUCUGUUUUCUAUAGGUCCGUCAAAGUACCGAAUACUCUUAUCAUCAUCACCUUUCUUGCAGGCAUUGUUCCUCUUGAGAAGUAAUGGACAUGUUUGGCACUUUAGCCAUCAGAUUCUCCUAGGUGGCUCUAUCUGUGCAAAGCCUAUGAGGGAAGCUACAACAUUUCUCCCAAGAGCCUCCUCUUACCUAUUAUGGAGUAGGUCAUUUGCUUCUGAGAGCGGUGACCUUGUAGAUGCUGUUGUUCCAUUCAUGGGUGAAUCUAUAACUGAUGGGACUUUAGCAACUUUCCUGAAGAAACCUGGUGACAGGGUUGAAGUUGAUGAACCAAUUGCCCAGGUUGAAACUGACAAGGUGACUAUUGAUGUAGCUAGUCCUGAAGCUGGCAUUAUCCAAAAGUUCAUUGCCAAAGAAGGGGAUACAGUCACUCCAGGAACAAAGGUUGCUGUUAUCUCCAAGUCUGCUCCAGCAGACACUCAUGUUGCUCCAUCAGAUGAAAAAGUAGGUAAAGAUACUACAUCUCCUGCGAAGAAGGAGAAAAUUGAUAAACAAAUGCCAAAAGUGGAAGCUCUCAUCAAAGAGAAGCCAAAAACACCAUCCCUCCCACCUCCCAAAGCUUCACCUUCAGAACCUCAGCUACCUCCUAAAGAAAGAGAAAGACGAGUUCCUAUGCCAAGACUAAGAAAAAGGGUUGCAACACGUUUGAAGGAUUCACAGAAUACGUUUGCAAUGCUGACUACUUUUAACGAAGUUGACAUGACUAAUCUGAUGAAGCUCCGUUCUGAUUAUAAAGAUGCCUUUGUGGAAAAGCAUGGUGUGAAGUUGGGACUUAUGUCUGGUUUUGUCAAGGCUGCUGUUUCUGGACUUCAAAACCAGCCAAUAAUUAAUGCAGUCAUUGAUGGUGAUGAUAUUAUAUACAGGGAUUACAUCGAUGUCAGCAUAGCUGUUGGUACACCUAAGGGCCUUGUGGUUCCAGUAAUCCGUAAUGCUGAUAGAAUGAAUUUUGCGGAAAUAGAGAAGGAGAUUAACACCCUUGCAAAGAAGGCAAGCAAUGGGACAAUAUCCAUAGAUGAGAUGGCUGGAGGAACAUUCACAAUCUCCAAUGGUGGAGUCUAUGGAAGCCUUUUGAGUACACCGAUCAUCAACCCCCCACAAUCUGCGAUCUUAGGCAUGCACUCCAUAGUAUCUCGCCCUAUGGUGGUUGGUGGCAACAUUGUCCCGAGGCCAAUGAUGUAUGUUGCACUGACCUAUGAUCAUAGAUUAAUUGAUGGAAGAGAAGCCGUUUUCUUCCUGCGACGUAUUAAAGAUGUGGUUGAAGAUCCACGAAGGCUUCUCCUUGACUUGUAGGCACAUCGGAUUACUGAUGGCACGAGAGAGAUUUUUUUAUCACUUGAUAACAUGUCUCGAACCAAAAAAAUUGGUAGGCUUCUCGGUGCAUCAUUUACGAGUUCAUAUACAAAGCUCUCGGCAACCACAAUGAAUUGCAUCAUGACUUGUGUUUUUGCUAAAGCAGAGGUCUUUCAUUUGACUCCCCGUGGAAUUUGGAUUCCACCGUCACAUUGAACAUUGAUUUGUAAGAUUGUAUUUACUUUAGCUACAAUUUCUUCAAGUUCAAUAUCGAGUGAAAGCACAGCACGGGCUCAUUCAGGCUUUCACACUCGAUGUUUCUUAGCAUUGUACAAUCGCUUGGUCGUCCAAGUCUGUAAGGCAUACUUUGAGCUGCAACAAUUACACGUACCCCUCCCUUUCGGGGCAUGAUCAUAAAAUUGCUGGUUGUCGAAGGUAAUCUCUGUA